AUGGUGCAUGACGAGAUCAGGGAGCUGAGCACCCAAGUGAAGUCCAUGAUCGCGCAGCACCUCUCUCGUGACGGUACGUCGAAGGAGCAGGUGAUGUGGGGUGUGCGCCAGUUCGGCCCGUCGAAGGAAUCUCGGCGCGUGCUGAACAAGGAGAACGAUGCCGCGCGCCUGGCCUGGGAGACGGGCGUGUACUGCGUCUGGCGCUGCCGAGAGAAGCCGCGGUUGAGUGGGGCGAACGAAGACUUUUGCUGCCGCAUAGGCUACCAACAUGUUUGCUUCUGCGGCCACCCGCUCGCGGCGCACACCACGCCAGGCCGCGCCGCCAACUCUUCUGCCGCCGCGCAGGUGAAUCGUGGACAUGAUAGGGAGACCGUGGGGAGCGACGGCGAUAGGGGACACUCGCCCUCGUGUGGCUCCUCUACGGCACCUGCGACGGAUGCGCAGCUCGCUCAGUGGAAGGGACGUUGCGAGGAGGUCGGCUGCUCGUGUGCUCGGUACCGCUACGUGCCAAACACGCCGCUCGAGAUUGGUGAGGGCUGGCUCACGCGGCGAGCGAACUGGAAGGCGUCAGAGUGGAGCGCCAAGUGCCGCUGCAGCCACGGCCACACGGCGCACGAUCCCAAGACGAUGCGAUGCAAGAGCUGCGGUGGCUGCUCCGGCUUCACAUCAGCCUUUCUGUGCGUUGUUUGCGAUCUACCGUGGGAGGCGCACGAGACGGUUUGGGCAAGCGAGGGAAUGCGGGUAGGCGACGGCCAUCCGGUCUGUGAAGCGUAUGCGCCGUUGGCCGGCGUCGACUGGGACGUCCGUGAGGCGGUGCUCACCGAUGCGACCAUGGGCGGCCGCAUCGAACCGUCCGCUACGUACCUUGCCCUUAAGCAGCGCGCCAGCGGUUCAUGUGCUCUUGCGGACACGACGACGACUGCAACGACGGCCUCCAGCGCGCCCCGCAGUAUUGCGGGCGGACGGCCCUCCUCGACUUCUGCUACAAAGAAUCGGGGAGGAGGGCCUUCUGCAGGCGCGCUGCCCGCCAUCACCGCGUCCCCUGCCGCCGAUCCGAUCCUUGACGUGGAGUAUUGCCGCUUCUGCGCCACCGUCUACAAGCGUCCAGAGUCGAAGUUCUGUGCCCAGUGCGGCCAGCCACGGCCACAGCGGCUGGUCAAACUCCGGUAG